CGUACGCAGCGUUACGCGCUUGAUUUGUGGAGGCCUUAAUGCAAACCGAUUUUUUAUUGAGAGAAAUCAUACUAACCUGCCGAUGUGGUUGUAUUUCGUCGAUGCAAUCGGAACCAAACUUUGUGGCGGAGCACUUUAAACGAACAAUAACACGGUGCACAAUUUUACCAAUUUGAAAUCAAUGGGUAUGCAUAUCAAUAAAAAUAUGCGUAACUGAGAGUGCUGUGCUGAGUGAUAUCUUGGGUCUCCGUACACCAUAUCUCACGUCCGUCUUUAUUGGCGGCCCAUCGUAGACUGAGCUCUCAACCUCAGAAUGCCACACUGGCAUGUCAAGGAUCGUACAUGGCAUCAAUCAAAACCACGAUCUCCACCAGCAAAGCUUGACCACGGCAAAGCACACUGUAUGGCUUGGCCACUGAAAGACUACAUGGAACGAUUGUAACACAUAAUCAACGGGAACGGAAUCUAGAAGUACCAUUAGGGAUAACGGAAAACGCUGUUACACGCAAACUGUUCGCGCAAGGGUGACUUAUUGGUAGAUCUCUCACGAGAUCGGCCCCAGGAAAAAAUAUCCGUGAUCCACCCGCUCGGACGCACACCCCCCAGUGAACAAUCCGGUUUCCCUUCUGCCUGCCACGUAGCGGGAGGAAGGUGCGGCGGCUGAGAAAGAACCCCCCUCUGCCUGCGACGUGGACGAGGAAGAGGCGAGCGCGACGCUCACUAUGAAACAGCUCGUUGGCAGCGGGGGAAAGAGCGGAAGAAACCGCGAGGGGGAGGGGGCUUCGUGCGCCAGUUUGUGGAGCGCGGCUGCGGCGGAGGAAGAGCGGAGUGCGAAGAGAGGAAGAGCGAACGAAAAUGAACGCGAGCUUGUGGGUUGCAAUUACGCGGAGAGGGAGAAGGCGGCAAGGGCAGAAAGGCGAAGCGAACGCGAGCGUGUUCAAGACGAACGGCAGCGCGAAAAGAAGAGGAAUAGAAAAAAGAGACGGAGCAACCUCGAGCAAAAUUCGGCUCAGUCCCGAUCGCAGGCAGUCGGAAAUUUUCUAUGUCCCGGGACGCACGCUGUACGCUGGGGGCAAAGUGCAAGUGCAGAAAAGUGUUACCAAGGUGUUGACGAUAAUCCACACGCAAGCAUUGUGAUCAGCGUACGCGCACCCAACAUCAGGCCGAGCAGGAAAGUUCUCGAUCGCAGCCCGGAUCACGCCACCGCAACGACGCCUUCAAGCAGUGAAGAGUACGACGCCACCACCACCAACAGCAACGCAGAAAAAUGACGUCACAAAAUGACGACGUCAUAUACGUGUGACGUCAGCAAAAAGAAAUAGAAAAAUAAACGCCACCGCCAUUGGGCGGUGGC